AUGGACGGCAAAAAGUGAGUUAAAAUAUUUAUUCAAAAAUUAACAGUUAAAUACAACUUGAAUGAGAUCUCCAAAAAUAAUCUAUUAAUUAUAGUUGAUACCACCUAUUAGUGAUUACUGGGUACAAUACUAUAAUAUUAAAAUAAUAUUAUACAAGCAACAUAGAGGUAUGUAGGUAUCUCACACAUAUUUCCAUUUUUACUAUAAUAAUAGUGUGUAAUAGGUUUGUUUGCAAAAUAUUAGAUUUGUACAAUCCAAGUCAAUUUCUAAAGUCUGAUAAACAUUUUUAUUUUUUUGGACUACGAACAUCAUUUUAUUGUGUUUGUUGAACUAUAAGCAUAGCAAAACAUUGAUAUGUUGUCUAUAUUAAAAUUAUAGUUUAAAAUUUAUCAAUCAAUACUAACCAACGAUUUUUUUUGAUAAUGUCGACACAUAUUAAUCAAUAUUUGAACAAAAAGUUACUGAGUAAUUAUACUUAAAAUGCUUAGGCUAAUAGCAACCAUCUUUUCUAAUAAUAAAGAUAAUAAUCUUUACAUAUUUUCUUUUUAAUUUAAAAAGUCACUGUAUAUAAUAUAUAUUUUGUAUAAUAUUGCAUAGUUAUUAAUAUUUAAUUAUUUUUAUAGGACGUUGUGUGAUCCAUAUCAUGGACAAAAGGCACACAAAUUAAUGAACUACAAUGAAAAAAAGGAUGAAAAGUGUAAUGAAAAAGAAAUUGAUAAAUUUUUAUACUCCCGUAAACUCAAAAUGGAAAAACCACGUACUACUAAAAAAAGGUAAUUGUGUAUACAAAUUGUAUAUACUUUGUUUAUUUGUUAGUUAUUAGCUAAAACAACAAUAUUUUUUUAACACAAAUUAAAAUUAUGUCUUAUACAAAUCAAGAAUUUCAAAGAAAACUUAUAAUUUGUUAUUUGUUAAUAAUAUUUUGUCCAAAAGUUAUUUAUGUAUAGCAUAUAUUAAUAGUAUUUAUACUUUUACAUAGUGCAUCACAAUCUGAAGCUGAAUGGGAUGAAAACUUUCAAUUAGCAAAAAUCACUAAAUUUGCAAAUAAUAUUACCAAAAAUUUUGCUCAUUCUUGGAACAAAGCAAUAUAUCUGUACCCAGAAGAAUGCUUAUUUUUGCUAGAAAAGGUAACUAUAUAUUUUUCAAUAGGUACAAUAAAAUUAAAAUACUAUGCUAGGAAGUAUAAAGAAGUAAUAUUUGUAUUAGGUCACUGAUUUCUAUAUGUUUACAUAAUAUUCAUUCUGAUUUAUUACAUUGUGUGCCUGUUAUGUAACAAUUGUAAAUAAAACUAGUAUGCAAAAGUUUCAUUGUGAUACUUUACAAUUAUGAUAGCUUUAGUUUAUUCUAAAAUACUAUCAAUUUUCACAAUGUAAGAAAUCAAAUAACACUUAGUGCAAUAUAGGACUAGGGUUAUAUGAUGUUUGUUGCAGUAAAUAAUGAUUAAUUUUAUAAAAUUAUAAUAAAAACAAUUUUUUUUGCUUUUAUCCCAUCUAUUUGAGAUUGGCCCACUGUGUACAUCCUAGAUUGGAUAAACCCCCUGAGUCUCUAACUUCUCAUAUUGUUUUACAGACUCUAAUAACUAUUUUUAAUAUGACGCAAUCCUAUUGGUUGUUUCUUACAACAGGUAAAGUUUUCGUGGGACAUUGAUUAAAAAUACCUCAAAAAUGAAAAAUGAACCUAAAAAAUGAACUCGUAAAUGAAAAUAUGAUCCGAAAAAUCCGAAAUAUUCGAAAUAAAAAUUUCAUAAAUUAAUUUGUUGUUACAUAGUUCACAUUAUGUACUUAGAAAACUGCGUUUCACAAUCAGCUAAAUAAAAUACACUUUCCUAGAAAUUCACAGCCCUAAUAAUUACUAUUAUUACCAUUAUAGCAUACAUUUCCAUGUUUUUUCCAAAAUAAUAAGGAAAUUAAAAAAUAGCCUUCACAAUGCACAAAUUGUAAUUUAUCAAUAUAUAAAUUAAUUAAUUAGUUAAUAUUUUGAUUUCAGAAUAAUUUGAUACUGAGAUGGAACGGAAAUGAAUUGUCUUUUCAAAAUGCAUUUAUACAAUUAUUAGCAGAAGGAAGCAAUUGUACUUUUAACCAAUUUAAAACAUAUAGCUAUUUAAAAAAAAUGGGAUUCCGUGUGUUUAAAUUUGAUAAAACACUAAUCAGAAAAAAUGUUAGCUUACCAAAUCUGACCAAAAUACCAGAGAAGUCUUUACGAAUAAAGGAUAACGUUAAAAACAAAACAAAAUUUCGGAGAAAAAAUACCCAUCCAGUUAAUUCGUGCUUAGGAAAUAAUGAAUCUUUUCCUAUAAUCCCAGGAACUAAUUGGGUGGUAGUAACAACACCACCUCAAUAUUAUUUACCACACAAUUUACAACCCAGUAACAAUGUUUACAUGUUCAAUAUUACUAAAACUCCACAAAAUAUGAAAAUCACUGCUAUGCUAUCUGAUUACUACUCUGAAAACUACAUAAAAAAACCAUUCAUUGAAAAAGAAAGCAUAGUUUAUGAAUCACCAACUACUGGAAUGUAUCCGGUAUACGAGAAAAACAUUCCAAAAAGAGAAAAACUAAAAGUAAAGUCUGUUGAGGAAAAUAUUUAUGAGCCAAAAGGGAAAAAAUUAAAAAUAUUGAAUACCAAUAAAGACCAUUUAUCUGCUGCUGUAAAAAUGACUUCCACUCUGAGUAAGGAUCUGAAUGAAGAAGAAACUAUUGAAAUUAGAAAUAUCAAUACUAUAACAUCUUCUUCGGUUGUAAAUGCUGAUGUAACCAAUACUGAAACAGAUUAUUCAAUUAGUGAGCAAGAUAAAGCUGAAUCAUCUAAAGCAGUUACUAAAAAUAAAGGAUUUUCGAUUGAAUCAACCAUACCAAGUAAAACUAUUUGAUAUACAGUGGAUUCCGAUAAUGUGGGAAUGUUAGGACCAGAUACAUUUGACCACAUUUAGUGGUGACCCAUGCUAAUAUAAAUGUAUAUGGUUAUACAUUAUUAUAGGGACCAGACCAUUAUGCCCACAUAAGGCCGAUGGUCACAUUUACCGGAAUCCACUAUUUAUAUUUAAUUGUCUUGUUAUAUAUAAUUAACAAAAUAAUGAUAGUUAUAAUCAAACAUCUUACAGAAUAUUACAGUAUUGUGCUUAGUAAAAUCAGCGCCUGAUACUAAAAUAACGUACCAAAAAAAUCAAAAGAAAGAUUUUAUGCUUAACCUGCCCAUCAGGGUUCACUCAUAAGUCUAUUACAUUUAAAAUAUUAAAUUACAGGACUUUAAAAUAUUCAAUGGCUCCUCUUUGUGUAUAGCAUCUGGUGUGUAUGCACUAUUCGCAUCCCCCACCCCCCUAGGCACGACACUGUAGUAUUAUAUUUAUCUAUUUUUUUUUUUUUUACUUAUAUCCUUAUAAGUCAUUGUUCAUUUAAAUAUAAGUGUUUAAAAAAUGUGUUUGAAUUUAGGUCACAUUAGAGAGAAACUAUUUGCCAUUAAAGAAACAAAAGUUAAAUACGAAAUUGAUACCAAUACUGACUAUAGCAUAAGUUAUGAUGUUUAUUAUCCGAAUAACCAUUUCCCCAAAAAAAAAAGACCAGUGCCAGAUUUCAGAGUUAUUGUUUUUNAUCAGCGCCUGAUACUAAAAUAACGUACCAAAAAAAUCAAAAGAAAGAUUUUAUGCUUAACCUGCCCAUCAGGGUUCACUCAUAAGUCUAUUACAUUUAAAAUAUUAAAUUACAGGACUUUAAAAUAUUCAAUGGCUCCUCUUUGUGUAUAGCAUCUGGUGUGUAUGCACUAUUCGCAUCCCCCACCCCCCUAGGCACGACACUGUAGUAUUAUAUUUAUCUAUUUUUUUUUUUUUUACUUAUAUCCUUAUAAGUCAUUGUGCAUUUAAAUAAAAGUGUUUAAAAAAUGUGUUUGAAUUUAGGUCACAUUAGAGAGAAACUAUUUGCCAUUAAAGAAACAAGAGAAGAACUAAAAGUAAAGUCUGUUGAAGAAAAUAUUUAUGAGCCAAAAGAGAAAAAAUUAAAAAUAUUGAAUACCAAUAAAGACCAUUUAUCUGCUGCUGUAAACAUGACUUCCACUCUGAGUAACUAUUUAAAUGAAAAAGAAAUUAUUUAAAUUAGAAAUAUCAAUACUAUAACAUCUUCUUUGGUUGUAAAUGCAGAUGUAACCAAUACUGAAACAGAUUAUUCAAUUAGUGAGCAAGAUAAAGCUGAAUCAUCUAAAGCAGUUACUAAAAAUAAAGGAUUUUCGAUUGAAUCAACCAUACCAAGUAAAACUAUUUGAUAUACAGUGGAUUCCGAUAAUGUGGGAAUGUUAGGACCAGAUACAUUUGACCACAUUUAGUGGUGACCCAUGCUAAUAUAAAUGUAUAUGGUUAUACAUUAUUAUAGGGACCAGACCAUUAUGCCCACAUAAGGCCGAUGGUCACAUUUACCGGAAUCCACUAUUUAUAUUUAAUUGUCUUGUUAUAUAUAAUUAACAAAAUAAUGAUAGUUAUAAUCAAACAUCUUACAGAAUAUUACAGUAUUGUGCUUAGUAAAAUCAGCGCCUGAUACUAAAAUAACGUACCAAAAAAAUCAAAAGAAAGAUUUUAUGCUUAACCUGCCCAUCAGGGUUCACUCAUAAGUCUAUUACAUUUAAAAUAUUAAAUUACAGGACUUUAAAAUAUUCAAUGGCUCCUCUUUGUGUAUAGCAUCUGGUGUGUAUGCACUAUUCGCAUCCCCCACCCCCCUAGGCACGACACUGUAGUAUUAUAUUUAUCUAUUUUUUUUUUUUUUACUUAUAUCCUUAUAAGUCAUUGUUCAUUUAAAUAUAAGUGUUUAAAAAAUGUGUUUGAAUUUAGGUCACAUUAGAGAGAAACUAUUUGCCAUUAAAGAAACAAAAGUUAAAUACGAAAUUGAUACCAAUACUGACUAUAGCAUAAGUUAUGAUGUUUAUUAUCCGAAUAACCAUUUCCCCAAAAAAAAAAGACCAGUGCCAGAUUUCAGAGUUAUUGUUUUUGAGUAUGAAUGAAGAAUAUACAUUAUGCUGUGUUAUGUUUUAGUAAUGAUCGCAUUUUAUACUAUAAUGUUCUAGGGACAAUUUAAACAACUUUCCAAACAUUCAUGAUGUCAAUGUUUCCAAUCCUCAUGAUAAUGUACCUACUCUAUGGGCCAUUGUAAAUUUAAGUGAUGUGUCAUUUUACAAUGUUAAUAAUAUCGUUUUACCAAAACCUACAGACUGGAAACCUAUAGAAUAA